AUGUUUACGGUAUUAAAUAAUUCGGCAAGAUUAUCUCGAGGUGCAAUAACAAGAUCUAUCGCUUCACUUUCAACGUGCAAUACUCGAUUUGCAUCUACAAAUAAAGAUCCAACUUGCCGUAAAGAGGCGCCAAUAGUCGAUAACGAAGCAGUGUUGGCCUUACCUCAUGAAGCCCGUGAGAAAAGCGUUCUGGAAUCUACGAUAACAGUCCCUAAAAAGGUUGAUAUAUCACCUAUAACUGGUGUGCCAGAGGAACACAUUAAAACUCGUCGUGUUCGUAUUUAUCAACCACCUAAGAAUGCAAUGCAGAGUGGUACUAAUAACAUCCACCAUUGGGAAAUGGAAUUUGAUAAUCGUCAACGCUGGGAGAAUCCACUCAUGGGAUGGACAUCUACUGGAGAUCCACUGUCCAACAUGAAGGUGCAAUUCUCAUCUCCAGAUGAGGCUAUAGAACAUUGCGAAAAGAAUGGUUGGGUGUGGUACUUGGAUUGUCCUAAAACUGAAAAGGAGUUUAAACCAAAGAGCUAUGGUAUCAAUUUCUCAUGGAAUCGUCGUACUAGGGUAUCAACAAAGUAA